UUUCAUUCAAUGUAACAAUUUGUAAGUGGUUACUUUUAAUAAACUGUCAAUAGAAUAUGAAGAUAUUCAAUAAAAUGUAACAUUCCUCAAAAUAUGGAUUAUCAAUAUUAUUGAGCCUUUAAUAUUCCAUUGAUGUUGAAACUAAGUACUUCGGUUUAUCCAGAGAAACAACACUUUAUAGUAAUUUUACACAGAGACAAAAAACAGUUGAUAAAAUACAUUUAUUACUAUGCUUCUACUGCUAGGACGCAGUACAAAUGAUUAUGCGUGAUGAGUCAACCGAACGUUUCAUGUCGUUUCUCUGAUGGAGUUUUGCAAAGAAAAGGAAGGUUCCUCACGCGGUGCAGACCAGUUGGCCUAACUGGACAGCACGAGAGCUGAAUAUUUGAGGAAGUUCUCUUUUUAUAAAACUAGUUGUUUACAAUUUUAGACUAACCAGAAUCUAGAACGCGUAACAGUGGGCGUUAUCAAAAUCCCUCAGACAUCACCUCCUUCCACAAACACUUAGAGAAGGCUCAAAUGUGAAGUAAACCUCUUAAACAGUCAUUUAUAAGUAUAGUAACAUUAAUAUGUGAAUAUACUGAUUAUAAACCAUGGUUAAAUUCAACACGUAGAGUCAUUUAAGAUCUGGAAUAAAGCAAUAAACAAAUAUGGUGAUUCAUUCAUUACUGUGAAGCUGUCAGGGCAUUAUUAAAUCACGUUAAACAGAAUCUGAUUGUAAAUAAAUUGUAAAGUUAGGAAAUCAUUUUAUGACACAAAAUAAUAUGUUUUAUUAAAAGUGAGUUAGAUAAAAGUCUUGUCUCCUGUAAGAGGACAUUAGCCCGAUGGGUCAGAAGAUAUUCCAUUAUCGAUUAUCAUGGUCGGUGUCCCACUGGUGAAGCAGGCCGUUACAUUACUGAUGCUCUCCACUUCCUGUUCUCUCCUCUCCUGCAGCGUUAGAUGGUCGCACCUGGAUCAGGAUCGUCCUCCAUCGUUCAGAAGGUGUAGGGUUUCAGCACAGUGGACAGCUCCGGAGUCGCCUCCUCCCGGUUUCCGGUGCCUCCGCUUGAGAGCCCUCCCCCUCCCGCGGGUUCCCUGCUGCUUUGUCGCGGACCGCCGGAGUUCAGGCCCGAACAGCAACAGCUGGUCCAACAACAUCUGGACUUCUAAUUCGGAUAGAGUUGGUUGGGCCCUCUGGUGGAACACCAGCAUCUGGAAUCAGCAGGACUCUUCUCUUCUCUGGGUUUGUCACCGAAUCGGAUCGGAACCAUCUUUGGACUCUUGGUUGAAGCUUCGCUGCAACUCCAGUCUCCGGACCCAGCAGCAUGUUGGAUCCGUCUUCCAGCGAGGAUGAAGGAGGUGAGAUGGUGGAGCUCAAAGAGGUGACGGUCCCCAAGAACCCCGGAGGGGCACGGCCGACACCGGGCCGAACCGCCAACAGCCGCGGCGGCGGAAGGCUUCAGCCCCGGGGACACAGCAGACCUUCCAGCCCCAGCCCGUCGGUGGGCAGCGACAAGGAGAAGGAGGACCUGGAGAAGAUGCAGCGAGAGGAGGAGGAGAAGAAGAAGAGACUCCAGCUGUACGUGUUCGUGAUGCGCUGCAUCGCGUAUCCGUUUAACGCGAAGCAGCCAACCGACAUGGCCCGGAGGCAGCAGAAGAUAAGUAAGCUGCAGCUGCAGAUGGUCAAAGAUCGUUUCCAGGCAUUCCUCAGUGGAGAAACUCAGAUUGUUGCUGAUGAGGCUUUCAUCAAUGCUGUCCAGAGCUACCAUGAAGUCUUCCUGAAAAGUGACAGAGUCUCCCGGAUGGUGCAGAGUGGUGGCUUCUCGACCAGCGACUCUCGUGAGGUUUUUAAGAAGCACAUUGAAAAGCGUGUGCGCAGCCUGCCUGAGAUUGAUGGCCUCAGCAAAGAAACAGUCUUGAGCUCCUGGCUAGCUAAAUUUGACACUAUUUAUCGAGGUGAAGAAGACCCAAGAAAGCACCAACAGAGGAUGACGGCAAGUGCUGCUUCUGAGCUCAUCCUCAGCAAGGACCAACUAUAUGAAAUGUUCCAGCAGAUCUUGGGGAUAAGGAAGUUUGAACACCAGCUUCUCUAUAAUGCAUGUCAGGUCAGUCCUGUCACCUAUAUGACAUCUCUAAUAUUUUUCCCAAUCAUUGUCAAAUGAGGUUAACGUAUUGAAAGAUUUAGAAGCAAAAAGCAGCAACAAGGAAAUAAAGCACAAAAAGUAGUUGAAGAACAGAGC